AUGGCCAAUCAGGUAAGGGUAACGUUCAGGAGUUUAGAUCGUUUUGUGGGUACAGCUGAUUGGAUUACAUCCUUUCCGGACUAUAAAAUUGAACAUCUCUUUAGAUUGAAAUCGUAUCAUUGUCCUCUUCAUCUUGCUUGGUAUCCAUCUCGGUUUAAGAGACGAAAGAGGAGACCUUUUCGUUUCGAGCAUAUGUGGCUUCGGAAUGAUUUAUGUCGACCAAUUGUUGAGAAUUCCUGGGUUGAUUCAAGUAAGGCAGGCUUAAAUAUUGAGGAGAAGUUGGAGAGUGCCCAAUCUAUUGAGAAUGUUGCUAAACAGAGGGAGAUAGAGUUGCAGAUGAAAGAGUUGCUUGCACGAGAGGAGAUUAUAUGGUCUCAACGGUCUAGGGUUCAGUGGUUAUAG